AUGACCACUCCAUCCGAAAGUAACAACAAUAACAACAACAACAACAAGCGUCCUCGCACUCAAUUGUCAUCUGAUGCUAAUGAUGCUGCAUCCAAACAUCCUCACAUGGCGGGUGCCAAAGCUGCCAUUGAAGAAGGAAUCGGUGAACACGGCCGCAAAUACGGAGGAGGUGUUCGUCAACUGACCGAAGUGGAAGAGCAAGUGAUCAGCCACGAAAAGGAGGCUGAAAAGAUUGUCGAUUCCUUGCCAGCCGACGAUGACAAGGUUCCGGAAAUGAAUUUGUACAUGCCACAAUCUUUGAAAAAUGUCAUUUUCUGUGGACACUUGGUCACGGAUUUGGAUUCCAUUGCCGGUGCCAUUGGCGCUGCGGCAUUGUAUGGUGGAGUUCCGGCAUCUGCUUCCAAAAUCAAUAGUGAAACCAAGUUUGCGUUGGACUAUUGGGGUGUACCCACUCCCACACCCAUUGAGGAAUUACUCAAAGAACGUCCCGAUGCGGGUGUUUGCUUGGUGGAUCACCAACAAACCUCUCAAAUGAAUCCUGCCAUUCAAGCCGACAACAUUGUCGGUGUCAUUGAUCAUCACGCACUCCAAUCCAAAACCAUUGUCACGGAAAAACCCAUUUACAUUGACAUUCGUCCAUGGGGCAGUAUGUCCACCAUUGUCGCCCACACUUAUCUCACGCACUCGCGUCGACCACCCAAGCACAUUGCCGGCAUGUUGCUCUGUGCCAUUUUGUCCGAUACACUGAAUUUGCAAGGACCAACCACUACGGAAUGGGAUCGAUUGGUGGUGGCCGUCUUGGCCGACAUUGCCGGAGUUGAUGAUAUUGACAAGCUCGCAUCGAAGCAAUUCAAGGCCAAGUCCAAGGAACUUGCGAAUAUGUCUGCCGUCAAUCUCGUCAAUGGUGACCGAAAGACCUUUACCUUUGAAGCGUCUGGUUUCUCUGGGGAAAUUGGAUUUGCCGUCGUCGAAACGACUGACGACGAUGCCAUUCUGUCGCGAGUCGACGAAUUGCUUCCCGAAUUGGUGGCCUGCAAAAAGGAAAAGGGUCUGGAGUGCAUCUUUUUGGCCGUGGUCAACAUUGUCAAGCUGCAUUCCCAAUUGUUGCUCUGUGGACCCACCGAACGGGCCUUGGCCGAAGCUACCUUUGGUGGAAAGUAUCUGAAUGACGAUCAAAGUCUCAUGGACCUCGGAGGUCGUGUCUCGAGAAAGAAGGAUUACAUCCCAUACAUGACCAAGACCAUCAAUGGUGGAUGGAAACGACCCAUGGGACGAGGUCCAAGUACCGUGGACGUGUCCCAAUUGGGAACACUGGCUGUCGAUCCCAACGAUCCUCAUGGCAAGGUUACUCGACAAGGAUCCACGUUGGGAAAGAAGUUGGAUCGACUUCGAGAAGAAGAUGAAGAAAAGAAGAUGGAGAUGGAUGACGAUGAUGACUUGCUGACUAUCUAA